UGAGUUUUACGUAUCGUCCACACAAUAUCCUAGACCGCCGUAGCUCACAGGCGUACACUACACAGACCAUAAGACAGACCAAAGGAGCAUAUACAGUCCGGUCAGCAUAAACUUUCAGAAUGAAACUGGUGAAUAGAUCAGAUUCUGCUUCCUCUAGUAUGGACUCUGGCUCUAGCAGUGGGGAGGUGAAGCUAAAGAAAAGUGUGGGCUUGUUUACUGGAGUCGGCCUCAUCGUCGGAUCCAUGAUAGGUUCAGGGAUAUUCAUAUCCCCAAAAGGCAUUUUAGAAGGUACUGGGUCGGUGGCCAUGAGCCUAAUCAUCUGGGCUCUUUGUGGCCUCGUCGUUACGCUGGGUGCACUAUCCUAUGCCGAGAUGGGUACCGCCAUACCAAAGUCUGGAGGCGAGCACUCCUAUCUGAUGUUUACGUAUGGACAUAUGGGCAAAUUUGGAGCUAUUCCUUCCUUCAUAUUUGACUGGGUAUCCCUGUUUAUUAUACGCCCGACCCAGUUCGCCCUUAUCAGUCUUAGUCUUGGUACCUACGUCGCCAAACCAUUUUUCCCAGAUUGUGACCCACCUCUUCCAGCAGUGAAGCUCAUCACAGCCGUUGCCAUGCUUAUCGUCACAUUCAUCAAUAUAACAAGUGUCAAGGUCGCCGUAUGGCUCCAGUCGUUCUGUACCAUUGCUAAGCUUCUUGCCAUAGCAAUCAUCACCGUCGGCGGAAUAUACAAACUGGCCACAGAUGGCGCUGAACACCUAGCGGAAGGAUUUGAAGGGACGAGUGAGAAUGUAGGCCUUAUUGCGAUAGCCUUUUACAACGGACUCUGGGCCUUUGAUGGAUGGAAUAACUUGAAUUUGGUUACAGAAGAAUUGAAAAGUCCUCAAAGAAAUCUGCCUUUAGCUAUCAUCAUUGGUAUUCCCUUGACCACAGUCUGUUAUCUCUUUGCUAACAUUGGCUACUUCGCAGUUAUGUCUAAACACGAAGUUCUUGAGUCUCACGCUGUCGCUGUGACGUGGGGUGAUCAUAUGCUUGGAACGAUGGCCUGGAUCGUGCCCCUGUUUGUCGUCAUAUCCUGUUUGGGUGCAGCUAACGGUUGUCUCUUCGCCACAUCCAGACUGGUAUAUGUAGCAGCUAGAGGAGGAAACUUCCCCCAGGUGUUAUCGUUCAUCAACAUGAAUAGACUGACCCCUCUACCCUCAGUCCUGUUUACGUCCGUGGUAGGCUUCGCCAUUCUUAUACCAGGGGAUAUCAGUACUUUGAUGGACUUUUACGGAUUCUCCGCCUGGUUUCUUUACAGUAUGACGAUAUUUUCUGUAUUAGUUCUCCGAUACACACAACCAAAUUUACAUAGACCAUAUACGGUCCCCAUCAUCAUCCCAGUGUUUGUCUUCCUAAUAGCGUCGUAUCUGCUAAUAUCACCCGUCAUACAGUCUCCGAGAGUGCAAUUUAUAUACGCCUGUAUAUUUAUUGCUAGUGGAAUGUUUUUCUACUUUCCUUUUGUCUACAUGAAACUGCCAGUACCUUAUAUGGAUAAAUUCAACACGUUGAUGCAGAAGGUUUUCCUUAUUGUACCCGGUAAAACAGACAGCUAAGCAUACAUUUUAUAUAUUACCCUCAUCUGGUACAUAUAUUGUACGGACCUCGAUUGUGGUGCUUGAUGUCUUUUAAAAGCAAUUAUCAGAAUCAUCGUACGUCAUAUAAAAGCUUCAUUCAUUUUGAUACCCACCAUUUUAAGCUGAGGAAAACUUUCUUUUGACUACACCAGUAUUACAGCUAAUGUCAAUGAUUGUUCUUGUGAAUGAUUCUUUGUGAAGUUGAGUUUUAUGAACUGAUAUUUAAUCGCUAUGGAGUUAGAUCUUUACAUGAUUUUAUCAUGACACGAUAUACAAAUUUCUUGGAACCAUACCUAUCUGGUGCUGAUUAAUCUCGUUGAUGGAUAGUCACAUCUUCAUGAAAAUGAAUCUGGAUGAAGAGAGGGGUAAUACGUUCAAAUAAUAUCGAAGCCCUUAAACAUGUACAACGUUAUCCUUCAUUGGCCUUCUCUAGAUUAAUUUAUUAUAUGUAUAGUCUAACCACUCUUACCGGAACCCGUUGUGAGGUACCCGCACAGCUCUGCAAAUCACAUGCUUAUGAUUGUAUUACUUAGAUUUGAUCAAUGUUUUUAACUUUUAUUGAGUUGAACUUUAUGGAGUUGAAUCAUUGGGCAUUUGAGUGAUCUCUAUAUGCAUUUUAGAUAGAAAAUAUGAAAUAUACUCUAUUGAAUAGACAUUUGUAUAUUUGUGAUAUGGUAGGGGACUUACCUAGCAAAUGAUAUAUCGGGCCGGGGCAUCAACACUUCAGCUAAAUAAUGCAUAAUGAAUGGAUUUAUUUAUGAUCUGGACUAACCAAACAUCAUGGUUGUAUGUGUACAUAUGUGGUUUUGUUCCUUUUUUUGUUGUUGUUUAUAUUGUUGUCAUGUUAACUUGAUGCAUCUUAAAUAUUUGAUUAUACAUCAGGUGAUAUAUAAUGAUUCGAAUAUGCCUAGAUUUAUAUAAUUAAACGUCCAGCAAACAAAUAACGUAUGAUCUAGACUAAAAUCGUGUGUUCAUUUAUUCAGAAAGUAUGUCAGGAAAGUAUGCAAAUUUACUUUUGUUGGCUCUAUUUUGAUGAUUUUUUUUGUUAUAUAUGUUAUUUUACAUAAAUUACAAUUUUGUUUUAUAUUGCUUAGUAGCAGACAAAAUCCUUGAUACGUGUUGGAAGGCUUUUGUGCAGUUUACGCUGUAGGUUUUGGACUUCACUUCACUUUCCUAUAUACUGCUUAAACGCUUUUUUUGCUGAAUGCAUUUGAAUCAUAUGCGACACUAUGGGCUUUGUAUUAUAUUCGUCCGUAAAAAAUGUAUUUUUGUAAUCUCGAAAAUAACCCUACUGGCCAAUACUCAAAAAAUUGCAUAAUAUCUGGCUUUGUUCAUUCAUACUGAUUUUUUUUUAUAAAUAUAAUAGAUAUUUUAUAUUAUUGGUUGAGGUAAGCACUGAAAUAAUUUUUCAUUUUUUUUAAAGUUAGCAUGCAAUUAAUUACCUAACGCUUCUCAUGAUACAAUUAAUCGUCCCCUAUGCAGCUUAAUUUAACGACUGGAUCAAACUUACGAGAAUACGGAUGUGUAAAAUUGCCAUAUUUAAAAGAAUUUUUUUAAUUGUUAUUAUAAUUACUUGUUGAUUGUUGUUAAGAACCAGUACAAAAUCAGGUAUUGUAUUCCAUGAUAAGGAAUAUAUAUAAUUUAUUCUUUAGGUCUAUGCUUAAUCAAACUAACCCGGCCUUCACUAAAACUUCGAGGUUUCAAUGAUUUAGCUUAACGCCUAACUCUCUAUCACAAUGUUAUGUUAAAUAUGCGAGAAAAUACCUUUGAGUACACUUUAUGUCAUCGCCAAAUGUUUGAUACCUCAGGGGUUACACGCAUACUCCAUCGUAAACUGUAAAGCGCUUUAAUUUGUUAUUGUAUUUUCCCAUUUUAUUUAUGAAAAGAACCCGUAAAUUAUAAUCGAUUGAAUUUGGUUUCUUAUAGAAAACAAUAUUUGACUAUCGAUGUUCUUCGGAAAUUGAAAUCCAGGGAAUUUGCUACGAGAAAGAAAACUGCGAAAAUUUAGCCCCUCCGAAAUGUACAGCACUUUGUUUUGUGAGUCAUGGCGAUAAUUACUUGUGUAAAGACAGACAAAUGGCACUACUUGUAUCUUUCAUGCGAUUUAGUAUGCUUUUCUCUUAUUUGUUGUUUACUAUGUAAAUAUCAUUAAACACUUAUUGGAGUUUGCUUUGGAAAGGUUUUGCCAUUAUGGACUCUUGUCAAUUAGCAAAGCCCAUAGACGUGUUUGCAUGAACUCUGUCCCUGUAUAUUGUUAUAAGUGUUAAUUACACGUGUGUAUUAACGUUCAUGUUCUGAUUAUUGACAUACUGAGGUAUAUUUAGAGGGCGCGAUUUAGUCAUUUGCUCCUAUUGUGCCGGCAAUAUAAAAACUUGUAUUACAUACCUCGUGAAUGAUUAUACGGUGAUAAUCAUAUUUCAGGCCAUACAAUUCAAGCAUCCGUGUUUCAUACUGUGAUAAUACAUAAUAUUGUAUGACGCAAGUAGCAAGAACUGAGCUUUUGCUACUACUAAUUGAUUGCUAUCCCCACUGAUCGAAUGGAUAAAUUGAAACAGGAACGUUACCAACAUUUAAACGUCAUUCGACGCUUUGGUAACGUGACGUCACUAUUGUGUCCUCGUUGUCGUCUUUUCUGCUUUUGUUCGGUUCGUUAACUGGGGUAAUAAUAAAACAAUGUAGCAUGCUUUUAAAGAACAAUUGAAGGUGUGUUAUAAAAGCAAUGCCACACAUAGGUACAGGUAGUACGUCUCAGACUACACUGCACCAAGCCGUUGUGAAAUAUAUCCGUCUGCGCUAUACCUUCCGUCAUUAGAUUUUUACAUAUAUGUGGCACUUACUAUUAUUUUACGUUUUGUGAAAGAACAUACAUGUAUAUUCUUUUCCCAAAUGCAAAUUAUUUAUUUGUUUGUUUUAGUUGUCGGUUUUUUUUAAUAUGCUUACUUAUCUAUUUUUAUGUAUUUUAAAAAGGUUGAGUUGAUGGUUUUGCUUAAUAUCUCGUUUACAUUAUGAUCUGUCUUGAAAAAAUUCUGUUGUACGGUUAUGAGUACAAAGACACUUUGGACCACAGUGUCUGUGGAAUUGAUAUGUUAAUACAUUUCAGUUUUUGUUAUUUAUUAUAUUUAAUGCUAGACACUUAUUAAAUUUAAUGACCAAAUACAAGAUGAUUAUGAUGAGUACAGGCUAAAAUAUGUUUUUCCUGUAUAACAUCUAAUUACUUAUGAUGUGCUUCUGUUGUUGGUGAAGCUAUUGUUGAUUUAUGAAAUAAAGGAUAUAUUUUCCUAUAUAC